AUGCUGCAUCUGGUGCGGACAGGACUUCUCGAGGGCUGCUGUGCAGAUACUAAUAAGGAGAGGUACCUUGACGUAGAAAAGGGAAGUGGUGCUCCGCCGGUCGUCCCAAGCACGCAAGCGACUGACCCUCCUGUAGCGCCACCGACACCGCCUCCCGUGACCAUUCCGACGACACCACGGCCUGUCCCGCCGACAGCGCCUCCCGUGGCCCCCACCACAUCACGGCCCGUCCUGCCGUCCACACCGAGAAGUACUCCCAGGGCGCCACCGAGGCCGAUACCAACGCCACCGAGGCCGAUACCAACGCCACCGACGCCGAUACCAACGCCACCGACGCCGAUACCAACGCAACCGACACCGAGGCCACCGACACCGAGGCCAACGACACCGAGGCCAACGACACCGAGGCCAACGACACCGAUGCCAACGACACCGAUGCCAACGACACCGAGGCCAACGACACCGAGGCCAACGACACCGAGGCCAACCACACCGAGGCCAACGACACCGAGGCCAACGACACCGAGGCCAACGACACCGAGGCCAACGACACCGACGCCAACGACACCGACGCCAACGACACCGACGCCAACCACACCGACGCUAACCACACCGACGCCAACAACACCGACGCCAACGACACCGACGCCAACGACACCAAUGACACCGACUACGACACCGACUACGACAACACCUUUUCCGGGAAUACCAUCGCGACCCGGCAAACCACCACGUCGCUUCACACUCAUCUGCGUGUUUGAGUUUAUCAGCAUCUGGGUCUGGGGUCCGGUUCACCAGUGCACCGACUACGUCUAUAUCCGGAUGUUCACCUACACGUACCACAGGAGUGGGGACCAGCGUAUCGAGUUUUCAGCGAAGAAGCUGGAGACCGCGACUAAAAGCCGGAUCGACUGGGACACCAGCUACCAGUACGGGCUCUACUUGUUCAAGGGUGACGCUCAACUCAGGCGCAUCUGGACGCAGUUCCCUCAAGGCGAUCUUUACUUGGGCAUGUGGGGUAUGACGUACAUGCGCAUACUGAAUAGCCUCUGGACGUAUGCACAGAUUCACGACUCGAUAUAUGCCUUCGUGCGCUCCAACUUUUCCGUCUACUUCGACGUCGCCAGAUUUGAAGGGUUGGCCAUCAUCAACUCCGUCAUCAGGACCGACAGGGGCUGGUUCCAGUCGAACGAAACAUACCGGUUUAACAUGUUCAAGGAUCCUGAUACCGGCGUCCUCCCGCCAGGCUGGAAGUUCAUCCACACGUGUAGUAUCUGGCCAGAUGAAUUUGUGAGCAUGAGUAAAAUUAUACACACCAUCAACUUUCCCGACAUCUUUGGAAUCAGCACGAGCAACACAACGGAAGAGCACAACGUCGUGUGGCACGAUGCCUCGUACAACAACCCGGUAAAUUGGAUUUCUCCUCCAAACCCCAUUGACAGGGUGCACGCCGAAACCAGAAGCAUGCUCGACAUCAUUGCCGAUUUCCCAAUGUGGAAGAAAACGGUGAACCAAAGCAAGGUCUGUUUCUCGGUCACCACGUCCAUCAACUACGCGCACGCCACGUCUAUCUCCAUCGACUUCCACACUGAAGUUAACACGUGGCCUUUCAAUGUGGUUCGGUUCCGUCGCUAUAACUUCACAGGCAAAAACGACGGGAACAAAAAGCUAAACGUGGACGACAUGGAGAUGCACUACCGGUUUGAGACCAGGACCCAGACCCACAUGUGGGAGCACACUAACAGUGCAGGCAGAUUUGAGGUCUUCCUCUACGACAAUGCUGACACUCUGGCCCCCAAGAUCGAAAGGCUACUGGACGCUUGGCCAGACGACAAGUGCGUCGUUUUCGACGACCUAGGCGAGGACAGCAUGGAAAGCGGAUUCACGUUCGAUAACCAGACGGUAAAGUUCGAAAAAUUCGGGAUGUUCAACGUCGUUUCCGGGGCCAUGAUCAAGAGAUACGGCGGAACCGCCUUUCCGGAAUCGUAUCAUCAGAAGGUACCAAAGUUAACUGGUAGUGGAUGAGGCUCAGAGCAAAUUUGAAACGAGAAGAAAGAGGCGACCGUGCACGCGUCGGACAAAAAUCAUCUGCCACAAAUAAACUUUCUUUUUUUUCUUCA